AUGGCGACUUCUGCGCUACGUAUCUUGGCCGGGGUGAAUCACUUCAUCAUCUGGGCUUCUGCCAUCAUUGUUACCGCACUGAUAUCUUGGUUCAUCAACGUCUUUUCGACCUGGUCCAACAGAACGCACAUUAUCUACCAGGAAGUCAUUGCUGUUGUAACGCUAGCCUUUUGGACCAUCGGCCUGGUGCUACCCUUUAUCGGCGCUUACAAGGGGCAUCUGUGGCCACUCAAUCUCAUCUUUUCCUACCUCUGGAUCACGUCCUUUAUCUUCUCGGCCAUAGACUGGUCCAACAACCGAUGCAGAAUUGUUGGGCCGGCGCUGGGCAGAUGUGGUCGGAAGAGGACGAUUGCGGCCUUUAACUUCAUUGCCUUCUUCUUCUUGUUGUGCAACACCCUUAUUGAAGCCUACAUCUGGGCUGCCCACCGGAGAGAUCGCGAUGGGGUGAGAAACGGUGUUGCCAAGGAGCGUCCGAGCACAUCGAGCGCUCCAGCCCAACCAGCGACCACCGCCGUCUAA